UAUGUGCUUGUAGAUAAGUGCCGAACGGUUUUUUGUAUAGAAAAAUCUUGUGAGAUUAUGUAUUGGUUAAUGCGGUUCUCGUUGAUUUUUUGUGUAAUAAUUAUCGCAAACAGUAAACAGGAACAACAAAAAUAUUGUUUAUUGCGUCAGCAAUAUAUUUAUCAACAAUUAUGGAACUACUUCGCAGGGUACUAUUGCUAUAACUAUACCAAUAGUGCAAGAUUACUUAAAAGAUACGAAAUAGUUUCAAAUGAAAUAAUUUUCAAUAAUGAAACCAUAAAGAUCCCAAUGGCUCUGGUUGGACCCAACAUAACCGCAUCUUUCAAUUAUAAAAUCCAACAAGAUGCUGAGUACAUAAAGCAAUCGUUUAAGAACGACGAUAUGUUUACGAAUUAUUUAUCUUGCUGCCAAGAAGCCGAAAAUUGUUGUAAUAAUGUUAUGAACAAUGAAAAUAUUAUCUAUAGUUCGACACAUUGCCCAGUGAUAUGGGACGCGUGGUCGUGUUUCCCAAGGACUCCAGUAAAUACAACUGCUAAGUUACCUUGUAGUAGCCAAGCCUAUCAAUCACCAGAGGGCGUCUGUAUUUUAGAAAGUGAAAAAAAAUGUAUCUGGAACGAAACAACACAAACAGUUGAAUGGAUCCAGCAAACGGAUUAUACAACUUGUGCUAUGGCUCCUGUAUAUACGAAAAGGUACAAAUUCCACGUGAUAUUUUUGAGCAUCUGUAUCGGAUUCUGUAUUCCGGCAAUUAUAAUAUUUUUAAUAUUCGAAAAACUACGAAGAACAAUUCGAGUUAUCCUUCACAGAAAUUUAUUGAUUGCAAUCGUUAUAAGAAAUGUGCUGACGAUAAUGUCUAAAGAGUUGAUAAUUCUGGAUGCUUUGAAAUCUUCAACAUUAAGCCAUCAUAGAAUGGAAGAGAACGGCGUCGGGUGUAGGAUAUUGGCAUUUCUGGAAACCUCUGCCAUCAAUUCAAUUUAUGGUUGUAUGUUUUUGGACGCUUUUUAUUUACAUAAAGUUAUUGUGAGAGCAUUCGCAACAGAAAUAAGAAGAGCUUAUAUUUAUAUAACAUUAGCAGUAUUGACCUUCACGUUUAGUAUCUGUUGGGCAAUAGCUAUGGCAGUAGAAAAUGCAGAAAAUUGUUGGAUGGCGGAUCUUCAAGGUAUUCAAUGGACUGUGGACGGUUUCAGAAUUGCAAUAUUAAUCAUUAAUACAUUAAUGCUGGCAGAUAUUAUUAGAGUGAUGGUGAUGAAAUUGAAACACGGUAGUACCACCAAACAAACAAAGGCAGCUUUUAGAGCUACAGUCUUUCUGAUACCUUUAUUUGGACUGCACAUAAUUGUUACAGCAAAAAAAAUCGUAUACGACGACUCCUGUACUGCCGAAGACAUUUAUGAUUAUGCAAGAUACGCUAUGGAAGGAUUACAAGGAAUUGUCGUAUCAAUUAUUUUCUGUUACGCAAACAAUGAGGUUAGAGGAGAAGUUAAGAAUAGUUAUAGAAAAACUUGCAUUUAUUUGAAUCAACGAUAUGGUUGGAAUUUGGGCGGUGACUUAUUAUAUGAUAAAAGAAGAGCUACAACAGCUACGUUUGUCCAAGAAGAUUGUCGUUUGCGAGCGCUAUUAUGGAAAGUUCUUGAACUAUAUAAAGUUUCGUUUUCAGAAGGGCACAUUUGACAGUUUAACCUCGUUAUAUAAAAUUGUGUUUACUCCUUAAGAAUCGAUUUGCAUAUAUAAGGGGCCCGGUAUGAGAAAAAUGUGAGGAGUAAAAUCUAUCGAUGAAUGACCUCGUUACGUUUUUGGUGCACAUCCUAUGAUGCGCAACUUUCUAAUUUGUCAGUGUCGACAUACUUAUAUUGCUGUUUUUAUUAUAAAUAUCAAUAAUUAAUAUUG